GUCGUCCGAGUCGGUUCCCCCGUUUCGAAGCGCUGUCCCUCGGUGGCAGAGCCCCACACGGCCACGCAAAACGUAAGCGGCGGCGGUGUGUAACGCAGGUGUAACGCCUGCUGCGGAAAAAGGCUCGGUGAAAUUGGUGAAGCGAAUUACUGCGCUCUUACCGCGAAGCGGCGCGGCAGGUGACAGGUGUGUGCGCGCGCGGACGUCAUCUGUGUCUGUGUAUUUGUGUGUGUAUGUGCGCGCGUGGUUUCGAAAAGAACGAUUUCGCGCGCGGCUCUCUCUCUGUGCCUACCUACGGUGUGGUGUUGUUCUAUUUUCGAUCUUGCGGGCAAAAAUUGAAAAGAACGAUCGACCGACCGACUGACGGGUUCACGUACGUAGAUAAGUCACCGCGUCACCCGUGGUUACGGGGUGGCACAAAACGUCCGCGGCAGGGAGAAAUAUUUAAAUAAUUUUCACUUUCGUGUGCCCUCUUGAGGUGUUUUUGUUGGCUGCACUGGCCAGAGUAGUACUUACGGCGGUAGCAGGCACGCAACGGCUACUUAGAUCCGUGUCCGUAGCAACACGCGCGUAGGUUACUGCGAUUUGGAAUGUGUCAAACGCGGGAACGCAACCCGCGAAGUGAUCUAAGAAGGCGUUGAAGAAUGGGCUAGUGCUUUGAGUUUCCGUGAUUAUUACGAGUGAAAUAUGAAGUGAAAAGGGGUUACGAUGACAAAGAAGAGAUUAGAAAGAAGAAUUUUAAUUGUGUUGUUGUGAUCUUUCUCAGUGAACGAAGAAUCAGCAUGAUUGAAGAGUAAUCAACAGAAAACGUCCACAAGUUUUGAGAGAAAUAAAGGUGCUGUAGUGAAAUCCAAGAAUCAGUUUAUAGUUUACCUGCCACACGUUAUGAUCUGUAUUUGUGCUAGUGCUUCAAGUUGAACAAACCGGAUCAACCAUGCCUCUGUAUUCCGAGCUGUACUACAACUACAUCGGCAACACGCCGGUCAUUCCGACUCCGCUGUCGUCGACCAUCCUACCGUCCAGCAACUACACGGCUCCUAGUUAUGUCGGGGUAUCCCGAGGCUUCCAGAGCCCCAUCAUCGUGGGCCGUACACCGUCCUUCACGCGAGGUUACGUCCCGAAGCUGACCCCGAUUACCGAGACUCCGCUCACCUCAGCCAGGGUAACGGCCUUGACGCGGGCCAAUUCGUCCAAAUUUCAUCCUCACACUUCACCGACCUAUCAGAAGCCACGACGUGUCAUCAACACUGCAGAUAUCGACGUCUCAGCCAGUCGCUAUGUGCGCGAUCACACCCCCAAACGGUUCCUCCCCUCGUCCCCAACCUCGUCCUUCUCCUCUCCUGAACCCAGCCACACCCCCGUUACCUCAUCCACACCAGAUCCCACUCCAGCGUCCACCACCACAUCCAUUAGCGCCCGCGAACAGGAGCUCAUGGAACGCGUCGAACAGCGCCGACAACGGUCCACCAUCAACCGUAACCGGGCCGUCGUACGGCUCAACACGAUGCGAGCUCGGAGCAAGUCUCGCGGCAGUCGAGGCAGCACCGAACGCAAGACCCCUCAUCACUCACCCGAACCGGAACCGUCCUUUGAAGAGGACAUGCUACUCUUCAAAGAACCGCAGUCCAAAACCACCUCCUGGAGGGACCAAUUCCGCGACGAACUCUCACUACGCCCCAAGAAAUCCGAACCCGCCAAGAGUCCCGGCGAACUUCUGCUGGAGAAGCAUCUGAUCCGCGAGGGCGAAGACAGUCCCAUCAUCCUCGAACAGAUAAUCGCCACUUCACCGGUCAUGAUGCGCCGCGGUACAAUCCGACGCAAAAGUGCCAUCAAAAUCCCAAGCUUCCACGAGAUCUGCGAGGACAUCAACUCCGACAAACUGGACGAUGACCUCAACGCCGGUGAACUCCGCCGGCGAGCGUCCCAGAUCAUCGAAGACGAAAUCGCGCAAUUCCAGCAGGAACUCCAGGAAUCCAACGGCCUCCUCGGCGACGACCUGGAAGAACGCAUCAAAGAAGCGCUCGAGCAGCAAACUGUCGAAUCGGUCGUUGAAGUGCCGGAGAAGAAGAAACAGAAGAAAUUCAAGCGAACGCGUACCAAACCUCUGCCGAAGAUCGACCUUGAAAACAAUGUAGUAUACGAUCAGGUGGACGCCGCCGGUAACCCUCUCAAGAUCACCAUGGACUCCCCAGUCAUCGAGUCUUCUGCUCCUCCGAAACUUCUCGCCGAAGUGGAAUCCAUCGAAGAAUGCACAGUCUUCAAACUCCCGAAGAAAAAGAAGCUACCCGAAGACCUGGAAGUCACCACUCCACCCAAGAAGGCCUCCCAAAAGAUCACCGCCAAAACGAUCGAGCUGGAAACCGCGUCCCCUGCUCAGAAGAUCGAAGUCCUGAUCAUAGAUCUACCAGAAGCAAAAGUCGCAUCCCUCGAAGAACCGACCCGUAAGCUGGAGCAACCGAAGCCACUGACGGAGAAGAAACCAGAACCGCCCGAAAAGAAACCCCUCGGCAGUUUGGCCGAGAGGAAGAAGAUCCUGGAGCGGCAGCGCAAGAUGGACAAGCUGGCGAAGCUGACCGAACGAAGGCUUCCUCCAGUGGAGGCAGUUCCGGCAGUUACUGCGAAAACGAGCGAUACAAAGACUGAGAACAACAAGCAGGAUGCCGCUGCGGCGACGAAGGAGGAGAUCAAACCAAUGGAAAAGACUGAGCAGGGUAAGGAAGCGAAAGACUCGAGAGGUGGUGAGAGCGUGUCGGCGAAGAAGCUGUUGGAUUCUCCAAAGCUUCCGUUGAAGAAGCUCACGCAAGAGGCGCGUGAGCCCAGUCCAGUUCCGAAGGUUGAAGAGAAAAGAAAGAAUUCAAGCGAGGAAUCGACCGUUGGCGUCAAGAACUUAAAAGCAGCUGAAAAGGUCACCGUGGAAUCUCCUAAGCCUACAAGGAAAGCUGUUGAGAUGGCUGCUUCGAAGACAACUGCUGUGGAUGCUGAUUCCCAGAAGGAUUCGUCUUCUCCGAAGUUUCCACUGAAGAAACUAACCCAACAGCCGAGAGAGUCGAGUCCAGUCCUUAAAACGAAAACGGAAGUCGGUAAAGUUGAAUCGAAGGCAGCGGAUAAAGAUGCGCAAGCAGAUGGAAAGCUCACAGCAGAUUCUCCUAAAUCUAAACAAGAGGAGACGAAGAAGCUGGUUCCUGUUCAGGAAAAAGAUGUUCCGUUGCUUAAGCAGACGCCUGAACAACCGCAAAAGAAGUCAACUCAAGUGCUGCUGGAUAUCGGCACAGCUGCUAAGACGGAAGUGAAGCCCAAAGAGACUGUCCAGGCUGAGUCAACAGAAAAACCAAACACGGAUUCUGCAGAACUCAAGAAAGCUACGCCUGUUGAACCGCCCAAACCUAAGCCUCUCCAAGACGCCCCGAAGCAUCCAUUCAAGAAACCAAUCUCUGAAACACCUGAACCAAGUCCAACUCCCAAACCGGCCGACGUAUUCAAAGUCCCGGAAGUUCGUCCGGCAUCUCCCUGCAAAAAACCAGCCCCCAAACAACCACCGCCGGUCCCUGAUCUCCCGAGCGACCUCACGCCACCACCAACACCCACAAAGCCACUCAAAAAGACUCCAGUCAUUGCUCAAGAACCGCCCCGACCAGAAUCCCCGAAAGCAAAACCGUCCCCUCCGUCGGCCAUCGAAGCUGCUUCGAAGCCUACCACUCCGGAACAGCUUCUCAAGGCCCCACCGCCCCCCGCCGAACCCCCCAAACCAAAGCCCCUUCUCAAACCGAUCACCGCUCGCAAGCGGACCGCCAAUCUGAACCUUCCGCUCUCGCCAGAACAACAGGAAGAGGACUUCUGGAGCAACAUCGGAACGCGGGAAACGGUCUCGUUCGCUCGGCGCAAGCAGAACAUUGAGCGCCGAAACCAGAUGGUGCUGCUGAAGUUCGCCGAGCAGCAGGAGGAGGAGGACGAGGAAGACCAGGAGCAGGAGGAAGAGGAACAACCCGAGAAGACGUCGAAGAAUGUCAGUACGAAGGUGAUGACGUCUCCACCAGCGGCGGCGAUCGCGGACAUGCCGCAGUGGCCGAAACCGAUCGAAGAAGCGGUGGGUGUGGCACGGAAGGCGUUCGAGGUGACGCCAGUCAGACUGGAUGAGGUUAAGAAGGCGCCGUUGGUGGAACAGAAACAGGAAGCGGUAAAGAAGGCAGUGGGAGGUCCCAAGGAAGCGGUGAAGGAACCCGUGAAGGUGCAAAAGCUAGAUGAACCCAAAGCAGGAGUUCCUAGUGUGAUGAAAAUAGAGGCUAAAGAACCUCCGAAAGAUGUACCGCAACUGAAAGAAACACAAGAACUACCAAAAGCUGGUUUUCUCAAAAAGAUUGCUGCGACGGAGAUGAAGGAACCCCCGAAAGAUACACCACAGACAAAAGAAAAGCUGGAAGAUCAACCCAAAGCUGGUUUUCUUAAAAAGACUGUGGCGGCGGAGGUGAAGGAUUCCCAGAAAGAUGUACCGCAGCCGAAAGAAACCCAAGAACCACCCAAAGUCGGUUUUCUGAAAAAGACUGUGACAACGGAAGCGAAAGAACCCCCGAAAGAUACAUUACAAACAAUAGAUUCACCCAAAGGAGGCAUCCUAGGCCUCAAAAAGGUUUUACCGGUGGAGCCGAAGCCAACAAAGGAACCAUUGAAGACAACAGAAGAACUGUUGAAAACAGGUUUAGCCGGUCUGAAAAAGACCUCAGAGGUUGAACCGAAGGAUGCACAGAAAGCUAAAGAACCGAUAGAGGAGCCAAAAGCAGGAUUCCUUUCUCCAAAGAAGAUUCAAGAAGCGAAAGAUCGACCAAAUGAGCUGCCAUGCACCGAAGAUCUUCCUAAGGAACCGCCGAAAGCGGCGGUCGUUGACCUGAAGAAGACUGCGGGUGUUGCACCUAAGGAACCCACUAAAGAACAACAGGUGGAUCCAAAGGGUAAUCCUUUCGGUCUUAAGAAGACUCCAGAACCUAGUCCUAAGGAACCUGCAAAGGUUAUCGAAGCCCCUGAGGAAUCUCCGAAGAAAGGGUUCCUCGCUCUUAGGAAAAAGAUUCAAGAUCUGGAAACGAAGCAGACCUCCGCGGAGUCACAAAAACCACCAGAGAGUCCCAAGAAGCUCCUGUCUCCAUCGCCACCAAAUUCUCCCAAGAAACUGAUUGGCCAGAAGCUCUCACCCAAGGAACUGAUCAAAUCCGUAGCACCAACGAUCGCCGCCGAGGCAGAGAAGAAACUGGCACAGGUACAGAAGACGCCGAAGAAGCUCUCGCCCACCAAAGAGGAAAAGCCGCCGCAAGAAGCCAUCGUCAAGCCGGAAGUCACCCCGAAAGAGCAACAACCCGAGCCGCAGGCGGCCGUUGAACCCAAACCUGUCGUCGAUGAAGGUGCGUCGGCAGCGGCAGCUGCGACUGCCGAACCCAAAAAGACGAAGAUCGUCAAGAAAGUGAUUAAGGUGGUGAAACCGAAGGCACCGGCAGCACCGCAACCGGAUGCAGCCAAGGUCGAAGCCGAGCAACGGCGAAUAGCGCAGGAAAAUGCCGAAAAAAUCAAAGCUAAGGUAAACCAGAUAACGCUCAACAUGGGCGCGAAGCUCGACGUGGAGAUAAAGGACUGUGCCAAGUGUCAACAGGCGACGCUGACCGAUACGGAAAAGGUUCCCGCUAAGAAACCGAUCAAUACGACUACGUCAGCCGCUGACAGCAAUCCGAAAACAGAUUUAGCGAAAAAUAAAUUUGGCGCAGUAUCAAACUUAAGUAGUCUAUCAACGGCGACUACGGCAAGUGAUCGAUCAGUUACCAAGCAGGUAUUGGCGGGCGCGGAUCAGCAAUCGAAACAAGCGAACCAAGUGAUAAGACGGUGCUCCUCCAGCAGUAGUAGUGAAGAAGAAGAAGAAGGUACCGCGUCGGAGACAUCGUUUUCAGGUAUCGAGGACGACUGGUCAUCGGAGGAAGAAGAAAUGGCCAACGACAAGGCGGAGAAGAAGAAGUUCGACCCGCAGAAGCGCGUCAAGUUGAGCUUCGAGCAGAUGCGUAAGUGUUACUCCAAGGAGGAGAAAUGUCCAAUCGUGUUGGUGGCACGUCCGCGGCCUCUGUGGAAGGUGAAGCGACACGGGCACAGGCACAACCGCCAUGCGGACCUGACCAGCAGCAGCAGCGGCAGCGAGGACGAGUCCGGCUCGGCCACGGAUCAAACCUCGUCGGAGACGGCGUCCACCGUGGACGCCUCGUCCGACCUGAACACCGACAGCAGCAUCAACAGCAGCCGCGGCCCGAAAGGCAGCGGCAAGAAGAAGCAAGUGAAAUCCGGUAGCAAAACCAGUGACGUUGGUAGUGAUAUCUAUGAUAACCCGAUGGUGAUCCCGUUGCACUCGGAGCCCAAGGGCUCCGCCGGUUCCGCGGUCAGCAGCCGGGAUGAGAACAACAACGACAACAGUGGUGGCCAGCUGCCGCCGAACGAGGAAGACGGCGAGAACGACAAGAAUGCCGGAAACCACGAGGUGCGCAGUACCAGCACCAGCAGCCACGAUUCGGGCUUCUACGGUGGUGGCACGGCACCGAUCAGCCCCAAGAAGGCUAUGGAAACAUCCUACACGUAUGCACAAUUUCAGAAGACGGGUAAACUCACAGCUCCGGCAACGGUGAUACCCCGUUUCAGGAAAUACAACGUUGACGAUUUCCAUUUUUUGACUGUGUUAGGAAAGGGUAGUUUUGGAAAGGUAUUUUUAGCUGAGCUAAGGAACACAGAGUACUAUUACGCGGUAAAAUGCCUGAAGAAGGACGUCGUCCUGGAGGACGACGACGUCGACUGCACGCUGAUCGAGCGGAAGGUGCUGGCCCUGGGCACGAAGCAUCCCUUCCUGUGCCACCUGUUUUGCACGUUUCAAACAGAUAGCCAUUUAUUCUUUGUCAUGGAGUACCUGAACGGGGGCGAUUUGAUGUUCCACAUACAGCAGAGCGGACGGUUCCAGGAGGCGCGAGCAAAGUUCUACGCCGCCGAAAUUGUGUCCGGGCUGAAGUUCCUGCAUCGAAAGGGUAUCGUUUAUCGUGAUCUGAAGCUGGACAACGUGCUGCUGGACUACGACGGCCACGUGCGGAUAGCGGACUUUGGCAUGUGCAAGCUGGAGAUCUACCUGGACCGGUUGGCGGACAGUUUCUGCGGCACACCGGAUUACAUGGCGCCUGAAAUCAUCAAAGGCCAGAAAUACAACCAAGCCGUCGAUUGGUGGUCGUUCGGUGUGCUGGUGUACGAGAUGCUCGUCGGCCAGUCGCCCUUCAGUGGUUGCGACGAGGACGAGCUGUUCUGGUCCAUCUGCAACGAGAUUCCAUGGUUCCCGCACUUCCUGUCGAAGGACGCCCUAAAGCUGCUGCAAUCGCUGCUGGAGAAGGACGCCACGAUACGGUUAGGGUGCUUCAACACGAUGGACGAAGACAGCGACAUCAAGUACCAUCCGUUCUUCGAGAGCAUUGACUGGCAGAAGCUGGAGAGACGAGGGCUGGAGCCACCGUUCAAGCCGCAAGUGCGACAUCCUCUGGACACGCAGUAUUUCGACAAGCAGUUCACUCGGGAGCGGGCGCGCCUCACGCCGAUCGACCGCAACAUUCUAGCCUCGAUGAAUCAGGGCCAGUUCGAGGGCUUCACCUAUACCAACCCGAACAACACCCUAACGAAAUUGCGGAAGAAGAAAGCGAAGAAAGAGAAGAAGCUAUACUUUUGUCCUCAAUGUGGUGAUAUUAAAGUAACGUAUAAUGUAUUUUAGUGAACCCUGAAAAUGAUUUUUUUUUCCUACCACGAAACGUCAAUUCAGAAAAGUGGAGUUGUACUGUUCUGUACUGUUGUGAUGUGCGAAGCCAAGCCGUAUUUAUUGUUUUGAGUGGCAAACAUACAUUGUACAUAAAAAAAGAAUAAAAUGUCAUAUUAAGUAUAUUCUUUUGAGAAAUAAACUUUAAUUUUACUACCGCUUGCUAUUUCAUUUAAUGAAAUGACUUGAACUGACGGCAAGUUUACGAUGUACAGCACUGAACGACAAAGAACGUAGCAACCGCUGACUUUGUGACACCACAUUUUUGACAGUUUUUAUGGUGUUUUUUAACAACUUUCGAUAUUUUUUUUUACAAUACUCAAGAAAAAGCGAAUACUUUUUUAAUUUUAUAAAAUUUCACUCAUUUUCUCCGGUAAACUUUGUAACAAACGUGACCAUCAAAACCAUCUCAAGUGACUGACGCAUGACUGGAACCAUAACCCUUUAAAUGUAUGUAAACCGUCCAACCGUUGCCGUACAACAACCAACAACUAUCGUAAACUUAAUAAAACUUUUUAUCCAACACGAUAAAAACGCGGACACGCACAAAAACACGCAAAAGGACCCCAGAAAUCACGUACCACCCGAUACGACAAGCUGCGAUGGCAGCAAGCCGACAUUAUUGCGGCUAUCGCCGACCAUACUACUACUGAUACAACCAACAACAGUAACAGACACCCACUACACGCGCGCUAGUAAGGUAGUAUGCGCCUACUUUGAUUUUUGGUUUUGAUUUUUGUUCCCCGAAGAAAAGAAAAAUAUGGCGGCGCAGUGUUUUUUUUUUUCUUCUGUACCACUUGGUAACAACGAAACGAAAACAAGCUAGUGUCACACCCCUUUUUGUGUUACCCGAUGAAAAUUGGCGGAAAUCUAUCGAUGUAUACAGGAAAAUAGUAUAAAAUCAAAACAAUCGACGACGGACUCUCUUUAUCGUGCUCUCUCCUUUGUAGGCUUAGGCUGAUUAUUUAUACACUUGUAUAGGAAAACAUUAAAUUGAAACAAAACCCCCUCUUUUUGUACGUGUUGUUGUUACAUGAUGCGAGAAUUGCGGUGCAAUCUUUGAUGUUUAGUUAGGAUGGAAGACCCGGCUGAUAGG